AUGAAUGUGACAUCAAUCUCAUAUCUUCAUUACUUCUGUUCAUUUGUAUCGUUUACAUCGACAGAUGACGAUGAAUGUACUGAAGGUACGGACAACUGCGACGAUGACGCAACCUGUACUAACACAGCCGGCUCGUUCACCUGUACCUGUAACAGCGGUUACAGCGGAGACGGAGUCACCUGUACUGAUGACGAUGAAUGUACUGAUGGUACGGACAAUUGCGACGAUGACGCAACCUGUACUAACGAACCCGGCUCGUUCACCUGUACCUGUAACAACGGUUACAGUGGGGACGGAGUCACCUGUACUGAUGACGAUGAAUGUACUGAUGGUACGGACAACUGCGACGAUGACGCAACCUGUACUAACGAACCCGGCUCGUUCACCUGUACCUGUAACAACGGUUACAGUGGGGACGGAGUCACAUGUACUGAUGAUGAUGAAUGUACUGAUGGUACGGACAACUGCCACGAUGACGCAACCUGUACCAACGAACCCGGCUCGUUUACCUGUACCUGUAACAACGGUUACAGCGGGGACGGAGUUACCUGCACUGAUGAUGAUGAAUGUACUGAUGGUACGGACAACUGUGACGAUGACGCAACAUGUACUAACGAACCCGGCACGUUCUCCUGCACCUGUAACAACGGUUACAGCGGAGACGGAGUCACCUGUGAUGAUGACGAUGAAUGUACUGAUGGUACGGACAACUGUCACGAGGACGCAACCUGUACUAACGAACCCGGCUCGUUCACCUGUACUUGUAACAACGGUUACAGUGGGGACGGAGUUACCUGUACCGAUGACGAUGAAUGUACUGAUGGUACAGACAACUGUGACGAUGACGCAACAUGUACUAACGAACCCGGCUCGUUCACCUGUACUUGUAACAACGGUUACAGCGGAGACGGAGUCACCUGUGAUGCUGACCCCGCCAAAAUGACGAUGAAUGUACUGAUGGUACGGACAACUGUCACGAGGACGCAACCUGUACUAACGAACCCGGCUCGUUCACCUGUACUUGUAACAACGGUUACAGUGGGGACGGAGUUACCUGUACUGAUGACGAUGAAUGUACUGAUGGUACGGACAACUGCCACGAAGACGCAACCUGUACUAACGAACCCGGCUCGUUCUCCUGUACCUGUAACAAUGGUUACAGUGGAGACGGAGUCACCUGUGAUGAUGACGAUGAAUGUACUGAUGGUACGGACAACUGCCACGAUGACGCAACCUGUACUAACGAACCCGGCUCGUUCACCUGUACUUGUAACAAUGGUUACACCGGAGACGGAGUCACUUGUACUGAUGACGAUGAAUGUACUGAUGGUACGGACAACUGCCACGAGGACGCAACCUGUACUAACGAACCCGGCUCGUUCACCUGUACUUGUAACAACGGUUACAGUGGGGACGGAGUUACAUGUACUGGUGAGAGCAAAGAAGUUGGUUAUGCAAAAAUAUUAUUACAAGUGGACAUUACCAAGAAAACCAUAG